AUGAUCUCCGUGUACGCUCCAACUGACUGCAGUGGCGAAUCGGUCAAGGACGAAUUCUACCGAGAUCUACAUCAGCUCUUGACUAACGCUAAAAAGUCGGAUGUCGUUAUCCUUGCUGGGGAUUUUAAUGCACGGGUUGGCCGCCUGUUACCAUACGAACGCCACCUUGGUGGUCAUCACGCGCUCGAUGAGAACCGCUCUGAUAACGGAGAGAGACUUCUCACAUUGUGCGAGGACAACCGUCUGUUUCUUUCGAGCACUAGCUUCAGGCGUACGAAGAAGCGUUCCGCAACGUGGCGUUCCCCUUCGCCAACACAA